GGAGACCGUUCACCAGCUCGACUUUUGCGGUAAACUGCGCCACAUAGUUGAUUUAUAUCACAUUUAAUCGAUAAAUUAGCGUCAAAAAAUGAAUGAGAAAUCGAUGCCGGCGUAAAAGUUUAACUUCCGUAUGCUGUAAACAUGCGCAAAAGUCGUGCAGUAUUACGUAACGGGGAAUUGAUCCACACCGACAGCUACAUUAAUACUUGUGGAAUUUGAGGCUGAUAGUUGGUCCGCCUAUGAACUUCCUCAUCUGACUGUGUGAGGUAGACAGUCGGCGGCAGCAGCAGCGGCCUGUGUGUCAGCAUGUCGUCGCUUCAGGAGUCGCUUGAAUCCGGACUGGACUUCAUUGAAUUUCUGGGAGACAGAAUAUCCAUCACCAGCGUGAAGGAACUUCGGGACAUCUACAAAUCUGAGUUUAGGGGCAGAGAAGGAAUAAAAGACCCUACCUUUUACAAAGUUCUCCAUGUCCUACUGAAAUUCAACAAAGCCCACAUAAGGCAGGGGAAGAUCUACAUAAAUGUCAGACCUCAGGUUAGAGUCUACUGUGACCAGUGGAGGAGGCCCCGGGCCCCUCCUCAGUCGCCACAGAGUCCCAGCUCUGGCCCUCAGAGGACACCUGAGACACCUGCACACCCCUCUGCCCCCUCCACACCUGUGACCCCUGUGCUGACCCCCAAGAAGAAGUUGGCUACGGAAAUCCUUCACAAGUUAAAGGCGAACAGGAAAGCGCUGACAGCUGACAAGGGGGGCAUUGAGAUCACGUCAGACCCCGUGCCGACCGGUGGAAAGGUAAAGUUCACUGUGAAUCUCAAAGAGCUGUUCAUCGUCAGGUUCCACAUCGUAAACAAGGGCACAGACUGCGUCCACUUCACGUUCUACACUGCCCUCCACAAGAUCCGCUGUUUCACUCUGGAGGAUGAGAGGAGAGUGACCAGAGCCUGCCCACUGUUCCUCUGUCCUGGGGAAAGCUAUGAGGUUGUGGUUCGGUACACGCUGAACCACUAUGGAUAUUUCCCUGCCUCUAUGUACUUUGAGUUCUGCCCAGAUGUGCCAGGAUCUGUGCCUUUUUGUAUUGUGAGGGAGAUGGAAGCCAUAGCCAGGACCCCGCUGGCUGUGGAGCUGGGGCCCGUGGCUCCUUACAAACCAUUUCAGGUGGCCACAUACAAGCCUGUCGACACUGUGGUAGUGGAGGGAGUGCCUCCUGAACGCUCUGUCGUCCAGCCUCUAAAGAUGGCAGUGAAAUUAGGAGACUAUAAGUACCCUCAUUACCUAAAGGAACUGGCUAAACGGAGGAUGGAGGACUCCGAGAACCUCUCUCCAGCUGCCAGACAGAAACUGGCAUCAGUGAAGGGUCUCCUUAACUCUGCCUUAAAGAUGAAGACGUACUCUCAUCGAUUUCACCUCCUGCUACACCUGGAGGAGAUACAGAUGGAGGUGGACAUCAGGAAGUAUGACCUCCACAAUCAAAUCAUGAAUGAAGACCAAAGCAACAAAAAGCUGCUCACACUCAGAGUUCCCGGUGUGGCUGAGAAUCGGCCAUCUGUACUACGAGGAGAUAUGCUGAGGGUGUCCAAGUCUGGAGACACGGUCCAGCCAAUCGUCGUGUACACCGGAUAUGUUCACAGAGUAGAGCUGGAUCGUGUGAAGCUGGGCUUUUCCAAGAGGUUGUUGCAGACCUUUCUCAGCAAUAUGAAGUUUGACGUGGAAUUUACCAUCAACCGGUACUCCUUGAAGCUUCAGCAUCGCGCGGUGGAUUUGGCAGUGAAGCAUCAGCUGGAAGAGGUGCUGUUCCCGUCUGGUGCAGCAGCAGCUAAUCUCCCUAUGCCUAAACUCAGGAUGUUCAACCGUCAGCUGGAGAACAACCCGGAGCAACACGCUGCGGUCCAGCGCAUUGUAGCCGGAUCAUCAAAGCCUGCUCCUCAUCUUGUGUUUGGACCUCCUGGAACUGGGAAGACAAUCACUCUGGUUGAAGCUAUGAAUCAGGUCAGCAGGGCAGACCCGUCAGCCCACAUCCUGGCCUGUGCACCCUCAAACAGUGCCUCUGACCUCCUCUGUGAGAGACUCAUGGUACACAUGGAUCCUCGCCGGAUUUACCGUGUGUACGCCAGCAGCAGGGACCCAAGAACUGUCCCCAAGAACCUGCUGAAAAAUUGUAACUGGGACCAGAAACAGGAUGCCUUUGUGUUUCCAGAGAAAGAAAUUCUGAUGCAAUACACCAUCAUAGUUACGACCAUGGUCACAGCCGGCAGACUGGUGUCUGGAGGAAUCCCGGUCGGCCAUUUUACCCAUGUGUUUAUGGAUGAAGCAGGCCAGGCAGUGGAGCCAGAGUGCGCCAUUGGUAUUGCAGGUCUGCUCAGUGCAGAGAAGGGUCAGCUGGUGCUGGCAGGAGAUCCCAAACAGCUGGGACCAAUCCUUCGAUCUCCUCUUGCACUGCAGUAUGGACUCGAGCUGUCCCUGCUUGAGAGGCUGAUGAAACACAACACUUUAUAUCAGAAAAGCACUGACUCCGGGCACUUUGACACUCGCUUUGUCACCAAACUGCUGCGAAACUACAGGUCUCAUGCUGCCAUUCUGAAAAUCCCCAAUGAGCUGUUCUAUGACAAUGAGCUGCAGGUGUUUGCUGACCAGUGGGAGCGUGAAACCUACUGCAACUGGGAACACCUUCCCAGAAAGGGUUUCCCAGUGAUCUUCCACGGGGUGAUGGGCAAAGACGAGAGAGAGGCCAACAGUCCCUCUUUCUUCAACGUGUCUGAGAUCGAAGUUCUGGUCGACUACCUCACCAAGCUGAUGGAAACCCAAGGAAAGAAAGGGCUCCCCAAACUCUCUGCGAAAGACAUCGGCAUAAUCGCCCCCUACAGGAAACAGGUGGAGAAAAUCCAAAAAGCCCUGAAGUCCGUCUCAGUUCUGAGUCGAUGGAACGAUCUCAAAGAGCUCAAGGUGGGGUCUGUAGAGGAGUUUCAGGGACAAGAGAGGAAGAUCAUCAUGGUCUCUACCGUCCGCAGCAGCAUCAACUACGUCAAGAUGGACAAAGACUUCAACAUUGGGUUCCUGUCGAAUGAAAAGAGAUUCAACGUGGCCCUGACCAGAGCCAGAUCCCUGCUGAUAGUCGUGGGGAACCCUGUGAUCCUCAACAAGGACCCCACCUGGGAGAAGUUCAUCAGCUACUGUGUGAAGGAGAAGGGUUACACCGGAUUUGACUUUGAAGACGCAGAAGGAGAGGAUGAGCUUGUGUCAAGAGUGGCAACCCUGAAAAUCAGCGUGGAGUCUGACAAUCCUGUACAAGAGAGUGCCCUGCAGCAGCACCUGGACCCUGAAUGGAAACAUGAGCAUUAACAUCUCCCUCAGACAACCGACAUGGAAUAAAGAACCACUUAUAGUGACAUAUUGAUUAUUAGAUCAAGUACAUAAAGAUGCAUAACAAGGAUCAGCAUUUUCUGUUUUUACACUCUCUGAGCUUUAAACACAGCAUUGGCAUCAAUCAGAAAAAAGAGACAACUGGUUGCUCUGUGUACUCACGCAGAUCAGAAAUAUGUCUCAUGCUCUUGGAAAAUGGAGAAGAAACAGAAAGGCAAUUCAGGCACUCCGAAAUAAAAGAAAAAUACAUUAGCGAGGAAGGAAAUAUGAAAAGCCUUUAUUGGAGUGGCUAAAUUAUAACAUGUUUCAACCACUGUAGGUCUUCAUCAGGGUGAAUAAAGUUAUCAUCACUUUAAUCAUCAUUUACGACCCACCAGAAAUGUGUGUGGUGGUGUUUUUAUCUGCAAAGACUCUGCUCUUUGUAAUUUAUUUUCUCAUUUCAGGCCACAGUGUACAGGUGAGAUUGGGAUUUUAUAAAAAGGUGAUGACCAGGUGUCAGACUAUAGGCAGCACACAUCCAAGAAGAAGCUAUGACAAUCACAAACACAGUGCAGUGAAAGUGCAAAUAUAGCGAGGUUGGCUUUGUCUUUCCCUGGUGAUACUGUUGACAAACAGUAACUGACAAUUCCUGCAUAGUAUACCUUUAAAGACUUUUUUCUUAAAGCCCUGAAGAUCUACAGUGGUGGAAACAUGUUGCAUUUCUGUUAAAUGAUUAAGCUACUAUAAUAAAUAAUGUUUAUCAUAAUGGCAUCAAUUAUUUAAGAAUAUAUAAUUUGUAUGGACUUUUCUAAGAGCACUUUGCACAUUUUCGUGCAAAAAACAGUGCUCUGUUUUUGAUAAUCAUGCAAAAAUGAACCAGUGAAUCUUUUGUUUUUGACUCUCCUCUCUUCAGUUGGUUUUUAAGCAAUGCUGCCACUCAAUGACAAGUUCAAUUAGCAUGAAGAUCGCUGCACACAAACUGUUUUCUGAGUGAUUAAGUGUGUGUUCUAUUUCUCAGGAAUUCAUCACCGUUUGUCUUACUGCUGUUUGCACUUAACAUGUUAGUCUCUGUAACUCAUCAUUUAAUUUCUGAAAGCACUUAAAUAAACUUUGAUUUCUGAA